AUGGGUGAAGACACUUUGAAUUCGAGAGGUUCUCAGAACAGACCGAUCCAUUCAGACGAUGGCACGCCUCAAUCUGGGGAACCUUUUUCCGAACACAAGGAUAUCACUUCUUGUCACUCGGCAGGCCGUGUCCCGGAACUUGCUCUGGUUUUGGAGAACCUCACAGCAUCGGUUCAGUCUGCACUGUCCUACAUGGAGGGACCACUAAAGGACACAAUUGAGUGCAGUCUGCACCACGACGAACGACUUCCCGAGACCAGGUGUUCAGUCGUUGCCACAAAAGCAAUCGACACUCUUCAUAGAGCGCAACAACUGCUGGAGCCACGCAGUGUGAUUCUAGCAGACCAUUUCUUAGGAUACGUGAGCUCCAAAUGCUUGAGUGCAGCAGUGGAACAGGGCAUUCCGGACCUGCUGGCUAAGGGACCCAUGGGCUUGAGCCAGCUGGCAGAAGAGAGUAAAUCUCGGUUCGACCGGCUGGGGCAAGUCAUGCGCGUGCUUUACAACAAUAGCAUAUUCAGCUACGACGAUGUCACGGGCCUGUACCGAAAUAACGCAACAUCGCGACUGUUGCUAUCCAGCCACUGGACGCAAUGGUGCAACUGGGUCGAGCUCUAUGGGACACAAUUCUAUGAUGCAGCACGCGCCAUUCCAGCUGCGACAAAGAGCGAGGUAACAAAAUCAGCAGCCCAGAUCAGCUUCAACACCGAUUUGAAUAUGUUCUCCUAUUUUCAAGAGCAAGGAUGGGUUGAGAUCCUCCAUCGGACGCUUAGUGGCGGCGCACAGGCCCAGGCACCCGGCAUCCUGGAGGAUUAUCCGUGGGCUGAUCUGGCCGACGGCGAGAACAUGGUUCUUAUGGAUAUUGGUGGCGGAGGCGGAGGCCUUCUGGCCGCACUACUGCGCCGGUUUGAAAACCUGCGUGGCGGGCUCUUUGAUCUCCCGCAUGUCAUCGAGCACACCCGUGCCCUCUUCCAUGCCAAGGACGGCGUGUACGCCGACGUUGGCAACAGGGUAUCGCCUGCUCACUUGGUCGGCGGGGAUUUCUUUCAAGAAGUGCCUAGGUGUGAGAUAUACACGAUGAAAUGGUGCCUCCAUGACUGGAAAGACGACGACGCUGUGCGGAUUCUCACUACCAUUCGACGGGCCAUUUUGGUACGCCCCAAGAGCCGGCUCAUAGUGAUGGAGUCGAUCCUAGCCGACGGACAAUCACAGAGGCUAACGAGGUACGCUGACAUUCACAUGAUGAUGGUCACGAAUGGUCAAGAGAGAACGGAAUCACAGUGGAAUCAACUUGCCAUGCGGUCCGGUUGGGAUGUCAACCACAUUUACAACUUACGGGAUGCUUGGGUGAAGGCAAUCGAAAUGAAGCCGGUGUCAAUAGAGACAGAGUCAUGA